CCAAGAUUAAUUACAAGUAACAUUUAGUCUUGUUUCAGCUUAAAUAAAAGUUACACCCCCAGGUGACAGAUUCUAAAAAAUGGCUUCUCAGAGAGUCUCAGGAAAAGUGGAGCAGAGCAGCCAAGUUUUGGAGGAGCAGAAUGACCACCAAACUUUCCUGUACACAAGGAAGAGAGGCUAUGACAUCACUCGAGACCCUCAUCUUAACAAGGGUAUGGCCUUCUCCUUAGAGGAGCGUCUGCAGUUGGGUAUUCAUGGACUGCUGCCUCCUUGCUUCCUCAGUCAAGACGUGCAAGUUCUAAGGGUGCUUAGGAAUUAUGAACGCCAGAAGUGUGAUCUUGACAGGUAUAUUUUAUUGAUGGGACUUCAAGAUCGGAAUGAGAAGCUUUUCUAUAAGGUCCUAACUUCAGACAUUGAAAGGUUCAUGCCUAUCGUAUAUACUCCAACUGUGGGCCUGGCAUGUCAACAAUAUGGCCUUGCAUUUCGCAGACCAAGAGGCCUCUUCAUUACAAUCCAUGAUCGUGGUCAUAUUUCCACAUUGAUGAAGUCAUGGCCGGAGAAUAAUAUUAAGGCGGUUGUGGUGACAGAUGGAGAGAGGAUCCUCGGUCUUGGAGAUCUGGGUAGUUAUGGUAUGGGCAUCCCCGUCGGUAAACUGGCACUUUACACAGCAUGUGGAGGAGUAAAGCCCCAGGAGUGUCUGCCUGUCAUGCUGGAUGUGGGCACUGAUAAUCAGGAUUUAUUAAGGGAUCCCCUAUAUAUUGGAUUAAGACAUAAAAGGAUUAGAGGAAAACCUUAUGAUGAUCUGUUGGAGGAGUUCAUGAAAGCUGUGACAGACAGGUAUGGUAUGAACUGUCUUAUUCAGUUUGAAGAUUUUGCCAAUGCCAACGCAUUCCGGCUCCUGAAUAAAUAUCGUAAUCAGUACUGCACGUUCAAUGAUGACAUCCAAGGUACCGCAGCAGUAGCAGUCGCUGGGCUUCUUGCAGCCUUGCAAAUAACAAAGACCAAGCUGUCUGAUCACACAGUGCUGUUCCAAGGAGCAGGAGAGGCUGCUAUGGGAAUCGCUGACCUAAUAGUUAUGGCAAUGGAAAAAGAAGGGACUCCCAAAGAUGAGGCAAUAAAGAAGAUAUGGAUGGUGGAUUCCAAAGGAUUGAUAGUAAAGGGCAGAACAUCUCUAACGCAUGAAAAAGAACGCUUUGCCCAUCCACAUGAAGAAAUGAAAAACUUGGAAGACAUAGUCAAAAAUAUCAAACCCAGUGCUCUUAUAGGUGUGGCAGCUAUUGGAGGUGCAUUCACUGAGCAAAUAAUUAAAGAAAUGGCUGCCCUCAACAACAGGCCAAUCAUAUUUGCCCUGAGUAACCCGACAAGCAAAGCAGAGUGCACUGCAGAGCAAUGCUAUCGUCUGACUGAGGGACGUGGAAUUUUUGCAAGUGGAAGUCCAUUCGAUCCUGUCACUCUCCCAAAUGGACAAACCUUGUAUCCUGGGCAGGGCAACAAUUCCUAUGUGUUUCCAGGAGUGGCCCUUGGAGUUACUGCAUGCGGAAUGAGACACAUAAGCGACGAAGUCUUCCUCACCACUGCGGAAGUCAUAGCUCAGCAGGUUUCUGCCAAACACUUGGAAGAGGGGCGUCUGUACCCACCAUUACAAACCAUACAGGAGGUCUCCGUUAAGAUUGCUGUCAAGCUUGUAGAAAAUGCCUACAGAUUUAACACAGCAUCUGUUUUCCCCGAGCCUGAAAACAAGGAAGAAUUUGUUCGAUCUCAAAUGUACUCCACAGAUUAUGAUCAGUUUGUGGUGGAUUCCUACUCAUGGCCAGAGGAAGCAAUGAAAGUGCAGACAGUGACAAUCUAGAUGUGACAUCAAAGCAGGCAAAUACCAGAUUGAUUUACAUAUUUUCUAAAGCGAAGUAUAAGUGAAUUUAUUAAAGGGAAUCUUGUGAAGUCACAAUGAAAUAUUUUGGAUUUUACACUGAAAAAGGGUUUUGUUUGUAACUUGAUGUUAAAAUAAAGAUGAUAUUGCACAGAA